CGCCGCCUCAGCGCCCCGGCCCUCGCUUCACCCCGACGCCCCGGCGUGCGCGUCUUCCCGCCGGCCUGCAGGCCGGGCACCUCCUCCUGCUUCCCCGCCGCUGCUCCUCGCGGCCCCGGCUCGCGUUCACGCUGUCGCCCGGGCCAGCGCGGCCGCGGGCAACCGCUCCCCCUCCCGCACCUACCCCGCCCCCUCCCCGCCUUUUCCGCCCUCCGGUCCCCCUCCCUCGGCCGGCUGCCGCUGCUCCGGAUGAGGUGAUGGCAGCGGCCAACUUCGGCAAGAUCCAGAUCGGGAUUUACGUGGAGAUCAAGCGGAGCGAUGGCCGAAUACAUCAAGCAAUGGUAACAUCUUUAAAUGAAGAUAAUGAAAGUGUAACUGUUGAAUGGAUAGAAAAUGGAGAUACAAAAGGCAAAGAGAUUGACCUGGAAAGCAUCUUUUCACUUAACCCUGACCUUGUUCCUGAUGAAGAAAUUGAACCCAGUCCAGAAACACCUCCACCUCCAACAUCCUCAGCCAAAGUAAACAAAAUUGUAAAGAAUCGACGGACUGUGGCUACUGUUAAGAAUGACCCUCCUCCCAGAGAUAAUAGAGUGCUUGGUUCUGCACGUUCACGGCCUAGUCAGCUUCCUGAACAGUCUUCUUCUGCACAACAGAAUGGUAGUAUUUCAGAUAUAUCUCCAGUUCAAGCUGCAAAAAAGGAAUUUGGACCCCCUUCACGUAGAAAAUCUAAUUGUGUGAAAGAAGUUGAAAAAUUACAAGAAAAAAGAGAAAAAAGGAGACUGCAACAGCAAGAACUUAGAGAAAAAAGAGCCCAGGAUGUUGAUGCUACAAACCCAAACUAUGAAAUUAUGUGUAUGAUCCGAGACUUUAGAGGAAGUUUGGAUUAUAGGCCAUUGACAACAGCAGAUCCUAUUGAUGAGCACAGGAUAUGUGUUUGUGUAAGGAAACGGCCACUCAAUAAAAAAGAAACUCAAAUGAAAGAUCUUGAUGUCAUCACAAUCCCUAGUAAAGAUGUUGUGAUGGUACAUGAGCCAAAACAAAAAGUAGAUUUAACAAGGUACCUAGAAAACCAAACAUUUCGUUUUGAUUAUGCCUUUGAUGACUCAGCUCCUAAUGAAAUGGUUUACAGGUUUACAGCUAGACCACUAGUGGAAACUAUAUUUGAAAGGGGAAUGGCUACAUGCUUUGCUUAUGGGCAAACUGGUAGUGGAAAAACUCAUACUAUGGGUGGUGACUUUUCAGGAAAAAACCAAGACUGUUCUAAAGGGAUUUACGCCUUAGCAGCUCGAGAUGUCUUUUUAAUGCUAAAAAAGCCAAACUAUAAGAAGUUAGAACUUCAAGUAUAUGCAACCUUUUUUGAAAUUUAUAGUGGAAAAGUGUUUGAUUUGCUGAACAGGAAAACAAAAUUAAGAGUGCUGGAAGAUGGGAAACAGCAGGUUCAAGUGGUGGGAUUACAGGAACGGGAGGUCAAGUGUGUUGAAGAUGUACUGAAACUCAUUGACAUAGGCAACAGUUGCAGAACAUCUGGUCAAACAUCUGCAAAUGCGCAUUCAUCUCGUAGCCAUGCAGUAUUUCAGAUUAUUCUUAGAAGGAAAGGAAAACUGCAUGGCAAAUUUUCUCUCAUUGAUUUGGCUGGAAAUGAAAGAGGAGCUGAUACGUCAAGUGCAGACAGGCAAACUAGGCUUGAAGGUGCUGAAAUUAAUAAAAGCCUUUUAGCACUCAAGGAGUGCAUCAGAGCCUUAGGUAGAAAUAAACCUCAUACUCCUUUCCGAGCAAGUAAACUCACUCAGGUGUUAAGAGAUUCAUUUAUAGGUGAAAACUCGCGUACCUGCAUGAUUGCCACAAUCUCUCCAGGGAUGGCAUCCUGUGAAAAUACUCUUAAUACAUUAAGAUACGCAAAUAGAGUAAAGGAGUUUGGAAUUAGUCCAUCAGACAUUCCCUUCUCACAGGGUAGUGGCAGUCGCCCUGAUCUUUCUCCUUCCUAUGAGUAUGACGAUUUUUCUCCUUCGAUUACCAGGGUGAAAGAAUUGACUGUGGAUCCAACGGCUGCUGGUGAUGUCCGUCCGGUAAUGCACCAUCCACCAAAUCAGAUUGAUGACUUAGAAACACAGUGGGGUGUGGGGAGUUCACCUCAGAGGGAUGAUCUAAAACUGCUUUGUGAACAAAAUGAAGAAGAGGUUUCUCCACAAUUGUUUACUUUCCAUGAAGCUGUCUCGCAAAUGGUAGAAAUGGAAGAACAAGUUGUAGAAGAUCAUAGGGCAGUGUUCCAGGAAUCUAUUCGAUGGUUAGAAGAUGAAAAGGCUCUCCUAGAGAUGACUGAAGAAGUAGACUAUGAUGUAGAUUCAUAUGCUACACAACUUGAAGCUAUUCUUGAGCAAAAAAUAGACAUUUUAACUGAGCUUCGGGAUAAAGUGAAAUCUUUUCGUGCAGCUCUACAAGAAGAAGAACAGGCCAGCAAGCAAAUCAACCCGAAGAGACCCCGUGCCCUUUAAAUCAUCAUUUGCUGCUACUGUAACAUAAAAUGGUUCAGCCACUGGGGCCAUUUGAAAGUUUCAAAUUUUAAGUGUCUGUGGAAAAUGUCUUGUCCUUCACCUGAAUGACAUUUCAAUUUUGUGAAACACUCCUUUGUCUACAAAAUGCUUCUAGUCCAGGAAGCAUAACCAAGAAUUGGGAUCAUUGAAGCAUUUUGUUUCAUUUACCCAAAUGGUGAUUUACUUUUGGAGAUCUUGCCAAUUUUGCUUUCUAUAUGAUGAAGUAAGAUUGUGGACUUGGUCCAAAGGUGGGUAGUAGGAGGAAGCCACAGCAUUUCCUUUUAACUCGGUUCAAUUUUCGUAGCAAGACUGAACAAUUUUAAAUCCUUUGCAUGCAUGCAUACCUCAUCAGUGAUUGUACAUACCUUGCCCACUCCUAGGGACAGCUGUGCUCACCUCUUCCUGCUUUGUGCCUUGAGUAAAGGCUACUGAUCCUAAAUUUCUGAAGCACAGCCAAGAUAAAUUACAUUCCUUAUCUGUCAUUGUAAAUUACCUCUAUUGUGUGUACAUUUUUACUGUAUUUGAGACAAUUUUUGUGUGUGACUAGUUAAUUUUACAGAAUGUGCCAUAUCAUUGAACGGAACUAAAGUCUGUGACAGUGGACAUAGCUGCUGGACCAUUCCAUCUUAUAUGUAAAGAAAUCUGGAAUUACGAUUUUCAAACCAUAUGACGUGGUUAUAAUUUUCUUAGCGUUUUCUUUGUAAAGAACUAAAAUAUAAACUAGUUGGUGUAUAAUAAAAAGCAAUGAAAUUCUGAGAAGAGUUUUAUCUUAGGAUAACACAUAUAUAUGCAGUGUGUGUUGCAUUGUGGUAUUAACAAGACUAAUAGUGCAAUUUGAUCCUUACCAGUGACAUUACUUAAGUUGAAGUGUCCAUUAUCACCCAAAAAAUUUACCUUUUUAGUGUCCUAUUAAAGGAAAUUGGCUUCUGAUGCAUGAACAUUUACAUGUACAUUGAAAGUCCACAAUAGAACUGUUAGUUUAAGCCAAGUGUACAUAACUCUCUUGAAAAAGAAGUGGAAAAAAAAAAAGAAUUGAUAUUACUCUAAGAGGCAGACCUAACCUGAGCUCCAUCAAGUACCUAAUGUGUGAUGUUGCACCAUUAUUUGGUAGAAUCACCAAGUUCUCACCAGUAGAUUGGUGUAGGGUAUGCUACUUUUUGAAUGGCAGCAUUUAUUUUUACGGAUUGCUACUCCAAGAAGAAAACUGGCCACUUUUCAUGUAAAUCCUUUGUUAAGGAUUUCUCUCUCUCUCUCUCGUUUUUUCCUUAGUUUCCAGAAUAAAAUCCAGGGGUAGAUUAACAGCAACAAAAUCUUCCAAGAAUACCUUAUUUCAAUUUACUCUGGGGAACUACUAGCUCAUUCAUAUGGGCCAAAGGGAAGCUAGGAGAGUCACGAGCCAGAUUCUCUACUUCACUGUUCAGAGAACCCAGAAGGCAGUUGUGGGAAAUCCUAAUACCAUGGUGAAAAGCUCCUUCUGUGUAAACACAAAAUCUAAAAUGAAUGUAGAGAGUCACAAUAAAUGACUUUUAGAGAUAAUGAACUUUGGUACUAUCACAUUUGUUUUGGAAGGGACUCAGGUUUUUUUUUGCAGCUGUUAAAACAUGUUCCUUUUGUGUUUAUUUAAAAGAGAAGAGGAAGACUGGAGAACUACUACUAACCUUGCAGAGACUUAAAAAGGGUAGUUUUUGAGACUAACCAACCCUUAAAAGGGCAAAAAAGAAAUGUGGAUUUGCUCACUUUAAAGCACAACAUAUUAGCUGCAAUUUGUUGUUUGCAUUUGAUAGGCACUAUCUUUAGAAGGUCUCUUUAUAGACAAAUAUGCUGCCUUAUACUAUGACUGGCUUCAUUCUGAUCUUGGAAAUAAUAUAAUCCAAUCCUUUAGGGAAAACUAAAAGCCAGGAAAGGGACUAAAAAUAGUUAAUGGGGUAGAGAGAAUUACCUAAGAGAGCAAAUUAAAUCUUAAUUUAAAACCUUGCUAUUUGGGGUUGUAAGGAUAGAGAUGGUAUAAGUGAAAUUUGUAAAAUAAGUAGUUUUGUGAGAUUAAAAAAAAUCCAACACUCAAGUAUAUUUAAUAUUCAUGUAACAAGUGGCUACAUGCAGGUAUUAUUUAAAGAGUUAACUUUAGUUUUUUGUUCUGGAUUAUAUAUUCUUUAAUUCUUUCUCAGACUUGAAAGCUAAUAUCCCUCCGUUAAUAAGUAAAUAAGAACAUGCAUUAUUUUAACUAUGUACGAAUGUCUAAUAUAUGACUGUGAAGCCAGAUUUCAAAAAAUCUGUUUAGGCAACUUGCCUUCCCUUCUAGGUUUACUCAGUGUACUUUUGCUAAAUUAAUUGGAAACAGUAUAAAGAAAACCAAAUAUCAGUGAAGAUAUUUUUAUUCAGUUUUCUUUUAUAAAUAAAAUAAUCAAUUACUAUAACUAUUGAAAGACAUUUACAGCACUAAGUAUUAUAUAGCUAAUGAUUUAAAUGUAGCUAGUAAGACUUUGUUUAUGACAUCUUUUGAAAUUCUCAACAGUUUUAAAAUAGCUUAAAACUAAGCAUCAGGUAUAUGGAAAAAAUACUGGAAAUUUUAAUUCCCCAGAAAUUAUAUGCAGUGGUAGGAAAAUGACUAUUUUUCAGAUUUUUUUUUUAAGUUGAAGGGUGGAGGCCUUAGCAGCCAGUAAAAUAGCUAAAACCAAUUUUGAUUUGCAAAACCCUUUGAAAGUUUGUUAAACUUAUGACUGUCCCCAAGAAAAAACAUACUUACACAUUUAUCAGAUAGAUAGGGUUAGUCAUGCCCAGAAGUAAUUAUGUACACAUUUAUCAGAUAGAUAGGGUUAGUCAUGCCCAGAAGUAAUUAUGUGUGGCACCACAUGGUGGCAGUAGCAGACUAAGGCUAACACAGAACCCUGUUGUAGUCUGUGAUGUUGCAGGUUAGCUAACAGGGUGGGCCAGGGGAAUUAAUAGCAGAUAUUGUAUAGGAUAAAGAGGGAAAGAGUGAGAAAAGCAAAGAAAACAUUUUAAGAACCAAUUGUUUUAUUUUACAUGUGAAUAAGAAAUGGUAUGGGGAAGACAUGACUAGUUGAGCAUAUUUUAACUUUUUUACUACUUGAGGAACAGGUGAAGGCCUAAAGAGUUCAUCACAGUAAUAUAUAACAAUGAAUAGGAAAGUAACAUCUUUACAGAAUAAACUGUUUGUUAGAAAUAAGUUUUCAGUGUGAACUUGUGCAUGUCUGUGGCUCUUUAACUUGAUUAGUACUGUGGAUUGGAUCCUUCCCUGUUAUAUAUCCAAAAUGAAACAAAUACCCUGGGUACUUAGAACUGACUUACUACCUUAACAAUUCAGAAUUAUAAAUGAUGACAAUAGUAAUAUUAAAAAGUAGUCAAGCAAAUAUUGUCCCAGUGCAAAACACAGUUCGUCUUCUCAAAUUAUUAAUAUAUAAAGUCCAGUUUCUUUUCUUGACCUUGAAAAAUUCUGCUUUCCAGAUAUCUAAGAAAAAUGGAUACCUUCAGUAUUAAAUCCAUGUAGCAAUCUGAAAAAAGAAACAAAAAUGGAUAGCACUGAAAGGCUAAUUUGUAGCACAGAAUAGUGUAUAGUUCUUAUAUCAUGAAUUGUAAAACAUAAACACAUCAGCAAACCUAUGAAGCCCACCCACUCCUAACACUGGUCAUUAAGGAAAACUUACCCUCAAACUAAACUUAAAAUAUAAAUAUAGGUUAAAAGUACCUCAUAUCAUUGCCUCUUUUGUCACAGCCUAUACAUCUUAAAUUAUAAUGAAUUUGACUAAAAUUUUCUUGAACUUCCACUGUCUAAGGUUGUUUUAGUUCAUUGGCCCUCAUUCCACUUCAUCAUGGUAACCAGAUAGAAAGCUGCUAGGAAUUAGAGGCAGAAGUCAGAUGAAAGCUAAAUUCAUAUGCUCAUUCUCUCUGACCUCACUGUUGUUGAAGUUCUUAUUAUUUACGUACUGCUUCUCCCUGCGGAUACCUUUAUAUUUAUCAGAUUCUAGUUAGUAAACUGCAUUUGCUCAAUAUCCUUGAGGAAAUCUGAUGAGAACAAAGGAAAGUAAGAUUAUUUUCAGGCUGGUCCAUAGGAACAGGACCAGAUGGGUUCUAAUGCCUAAAAGGGAAGGCAUUAUUCAUUCAAUUCGUUGGAUAAACAUCUAAUGAAGACCCACUAAUACUGCUAACCUGCUAAUAAAAUAAUAUACAUACCUUAUUUAUCUUAGUUAUAUAUAACUGUGUUUCCAGCUUAGAAAAGUCAAACCAAUGACUUUUAGAACAGUCUGCUACCCUCAUUUUGUAUUCAACCACUAGAAUAUGGAAGCUUUAAAUGUGUACUGGUUAAGUAGGCAAGAACUUCUAUGUAGUAAAUGCCAGUCUGUUAAGAAUUUAAACUGGUUAUGAGCACAGGUGAAUAAUUUCCAGGGUGAUUCCAGCCUUACUCUGCUUUCGUAAGACUUCUUCAAGGAAAACAAAUUUUGGUAUAAAUUUCCCAGAUAAUUAUCUCAUCCUUUUUUACUCUAGGUGUGCAGAACUUCCUCAGACCACAAAACAACUAACUGUAUUGAAAUGGCUAACCAAGUAUGUUUGUAACUGACAUUAGUUCAAGCUUUAGCUCUGCUUAAUAUUAGCUAUUCCCAAAUCAAAAAAAAAAAAGGAUCAAAUCCAAUUAUUGCUAAGAAAAUUGUCAUUCUUCUUCUGUCUUGCAACUUAGAA